AUGAGACGUGUGCAAUCCUUGCUGAACUUCUUCAACGCUCAGUGUGAGGAGCUUGCCGAUGAGGACGGUGAUGGUCGGGUUAGCAAGCGCCACGCAAUCCGAAAGGGCGAUUUGCCUCGCGAUGUUUGGCCACCCUGCAUCAGAGAAAGUCAAAAGUUCAAGUGCUAUGGCUUGUCCAUCACAGUUCAGUUGCAGAAGCGCUUCGUUCUGGUUCCGGGCAUGCCACCUUCAUGUGCAGCGAGCGGCCUUGCCAAUCAGCAAAUCCCCAACCCUAUCAACCCCAGCCGCCGCCAAAGCGAGAGCGCGGGCAAUUUGUUGAACCAGCGUGGCCAACCCAGGCUUCAGGUCGAGGUAGACGAGACUGGGCAAUCCUUGCAACUCCGAGCCCACGAUACUAUGGAGAAGGCGCGGGGCGUUUUCCCGGUUCUCAUGAUGCGGUGGAUCUGGGAUUUCUUCGACCGAGCUGCCUUCGGCCUUUUGUUCUUGGUGACAGACCGGCGCGAGGUCAACGGCGCUGUGUUCAGGAAAAUCAUGCUGAAGCAGAAUUUUCGGGUUCGCUAUGGCAAGGCAGAUCCAAAGCAUUUGGACUACGCACGCCACGCAGUGAGUGUGACACUGCUGCAUGGAAUGGGUUGUGGAGAGGAGGUGAUGAAUACAGAGGAAUCCUUCGAGAAAGCAUGGAAGGCCAUAUUUGAUGCGGUGUUUGCCGAGCGGCCAAAAACACCAGCUAUGAGCAGGCUGUACUGGUACAAAAAGAAGCCGUUUCAAUAUGCAGUUCCUAGCGGCAGCAACCAGCAGGACCUUUUGAUGCUGACAUCAAUGAUGGAGACAGAGGAAGAUGACUGCUUCGCCUCCAGAGCACAGGAGGAGCUUGAGCCUCUGACAUUGGAGGACUUCUUGUCAACUUGUGAUGACACCCGAGACAAGAUCACAAGGCCAGAAAGAGCACGGACCAAGAAAGCAGGAAAUUGGAUUUCCAACAUCGAAAAGUUUGUGUCCGACUUAUACGUGUGUUUGGUCUGCAUUUCUGGGACAGAACAUUUGAUGUACAAGCUCAUGAGAGAGCAGCGUCUUGCAACAUGGUCUGGACAGUAUGGGAUGGAUGCAGUUCCUUUGGUCAGAUAUGCAACUAUGUUGAAGUCCCCUGCUGUGGAAGUGCUCACCUCCUAUUCUCUGCUGAUCCCAGCUUUGGAUGGUUUUCCCGGCAUCAAUGACACAUACCCGGCAACAGAGAUGCUGUUCCAAAUCUUGGUGAAGAUACAGGGCCAUCUUUGGCGAAGGCAAGUCCACUACUACACCAUGCCACCUUGGAAGAUUUUGGAAUGCUUGCAUUCCGUCACGCCUGUUCAAAAGCGCAUCCACUUGAUUCAGGAGCUGCAAGGCCAACAUGCCUGUGAGAUCGACGCUGGCUUCACACUUGUCUUGCAACAGGCAUAUAUUGGACAGUCUGCUCAAGAGGUGGCUGACUCACCAGACUUCUUACCAAAGUUGAUUUUGCUGGCCACGAGUAAAACCACAAAUGCUGAAGUUGAGUGCAACUUUGCACGCGCGACUGCUGCCAGGCCUUGGCUGAUGGGCGAAAGCAAGAAUGAGCGCCGUCAGAGAAUUGUGAAAGAAGCGAGUCAGGAAUAUAAACAUCCUGAUUUUGCAGCAGAAGUGGAAAAGUUCCGUUCCGAAGCAAAAGCCAUGAACCAAGACUACAAGUCUGACAAAGCCUCCGGAUUGCCCAGCACGGACCGUCAAUCCCUUUCCAGCAGCAGCGCAGGAGAUUGCAAUUGGCCGGUUUCUGAACAGAUCGUGGAAAAAGCUCAAUCAGAGAAGAGGUUUGUGAAGACCAAGAGCUUGGAGUGGGGCUCUCGAUGCGGAAAGCCAGUGCAAACUGAUUUAGAGUUCGGAGUGAGCAAGGAUGAAGUCAGCUUCUGCAUGCGGCUUGGGGGCUGCUUCCAUACUCUUGCAAACGAGGAGAAGGAGUGUGUCAUGUCCGCGCUCCAGCACUCCAGGAAUGUGGCCCGGAUGAUCCAAAAGCAGGGAGGGCGGCAAGGCAAGCCUCCGAUUUUGGUCUUGGCUUCCUCGUUGCCAUCUCAUGAGAAUCGCCCAGAACCACAAUUCUUCCUGAUUGUGAACCCUUUGUUCAGGCCAUUCGACAUGAACUUGUGGCGUUGCAAGAUUUCAAGCCAUGAGGAUGGGUGGUGCGUAGAUGUGAACUGCCCAAAGAACUUUGUUCUUGAGCUGCAGUGGAGACAGAUUGCUGACCCGGAUGGCCAACGCAAUGUCGCUUGCCCAGAUGUUCUGACCAUGCAUGGCCUCGCAUGGUCUUUCAAGCAAAGCGAUAUAUGCAAGUCGUGGUGCACCAAGCUUCUAUGGGACUACAGCGUGUCACCUUCUGCUCUCAAAUACUUGUGCAUCAGCAACCUUGAUUUUAGUGAUGGAGGCAUUGAUAUGGCAGCCCAGCUGAAAAGCACUUUGCUGGAGGAUCCUGAAUUUGAAGAUGCGGCAGCGCUUUUGCGAUCGUGCAAAACGGGUGCGGCCCGAAACCGAGCCUUUUCUGGUGUAAGAGUGGAAGUGAAACCAUCAGAGCCUAAGCGGGCAAUCUUGGGCAAUUCCAGAAAAAGACUCAUAGAUGACAGCGUGAUGAACGACGAAGGAUGCGCUAGCGCUGCUAGCACUUCUGCUGCGAAGCGGGGGAGGAUUGAAAAUUCAGAUGCCUUUGCUGGGUCUGCCUCAGCCUCAAGCUCAAAAGCACCAAGAAAGACCUCUGGAGUGAGAGAUGCAAAGGAUUCUGAGAAUCCGUCCAGCAGCAGCGCAGGACCAGCAAAUCCUGAUGAUGCCUACUUGGAGGAAACUCGAAAGGAAUGGCUGCACCUUCUUCACUCGGAGGACCCGGACAUCGAUUUGGAAGUGGAUGAACAAGAUGGUUUGACGUACAUGGAUGACAAUGGCUAUGUCUAUGAGACUCAGUCAGACUCGGCCAAACCUCAGGUGAUUGGCAACAUCAAGGAACUCAGCGUGGACAAACCCAAUCACGCGUUAAAAAUUACAUGCUAUCAGCAUUCCAAAUGCUCUAUCUUCAGAAGAAUUCGAAAGGUGCCACCAAAUGCCGAGACUCUAGGCAUGCUUUGUGGGAAUUGCAGCUUGGAUGAGGGCCCUUUUCCAGAACAUCCAGAUUGCAAAGCAUGGAAAGGUCGAUUGCCGUGGUACCAGGGUACUCUUGCUUGUCCUAGGGGCGACUACUGCAGAAUUUGCUACUACGUCUUCACGCACGGCGGAUUUUGCAUAGAAACCCCGAAGAUCAAGGUCUUUGCUGUGAUCAUUGAAGAAGACGAGGUGAAAAGAGGUGAGUUUACACAAGCGAGAAAGAAGUACAUUGUGAUGAAGACCGAAAACCCAGCUAUCACUCUAAAAGGCAAGAUGGACUUGUGGCCAGCCAGGAUCGUCAGCCUCGAGACACUGUCCAAGAGCUCUAUCUCGGCUCCCAAGACCUACCUGUGCACCCUUGACACAUACACAAGGAAGUAUGGGACUCCAUCUGAGGACCAAAUUGUCCAAAGACGGUUCAAUGGAAAGCUGGUCACAGGUGUGGUUGUGAUGCGGGAUGAAGACGAGGGCAUGUAUGCUUUGGAGGACUCAGAGCAGGUUGCAGUCAGAAACGAGGGGGCUAUGUCAGAUCUUCAGCUCAAGGAAGGCCAAGACAAGGAGACGUUUGAUGCUCUUUCCAAGAAAGUCUUUGCGCAGCGGGACAGUCUCAAGCCAUUGAAGCUCCAGCCUACAAUUUCUUUGUUGGAAGGUGCCAAGAAAGACACUAAGAAUCAGAGCGAUGCCCGCAGGGCACUUCUUGGGCAGGAGGAAAAUGGAUCCGAAUCGGAUUCCAAUGAAGAGGCCAGCUAUCCAGAACAUGUCAUGCGAAGCUCCUUUCACUCAUCCGAGAUCCGCAAAAGUGUCAAGCCCAAGACUCCCGACAAUGGCAACGGCAACACAGAUUUGCAGGGGCAAAUCGUGCCACUUCCACCAAAGGAGAACCAGUGUGAAGGUGAGGGAGUGCCCCUCCCAAAGACUGGGGAGACUCAGACUCCAAAUGCAGCAGGUGAAGCCGAAGCGAAGGGCCAGAAAAGAAAGGUUGAGGAAAAAGAACCUGAAGUGCUUCCCCAAAAAUGUGCUAAGCCCAAAGCAAAGGCUGGAGCGCAGCCAUCUCCACAGCCAACCUCCAUUGACACUGACUUGAUCCUUUCUCCAGAUGAAGUCUCCCAGCUUCCAGAUGCAAAAGCUGCUGAGGAGAAAGCAGCAGAAGCAAAGCCAAAGAAAGGUGGCAGAAAAUCAAAAGAGAAUAUGAUCGCAGAAGAUGUUGCCUUUCUGUGGUCAUGUCAAGCGGAACUGCAAGGCUUGCUUCCACCACCCAAGACUCUCACUACAAGGGAAGAACUUCAGAAGUAUUGUGAGGAAUCUGUGGAAUCCUUUCAAGCUCUGAUUGCCAAGGCAUCCAAGAAGGCGACCACUACGAAAAGACGAAAAACAACCAAGGAGGAUGAGCCUGACACUGAUCUCAAGAGAGUUCAAGAGACAGCGAAAGGCUUUAUUUCGAUGUUCAUGCACAUGUCUGCAGAAAAGCCGGUCGCAAAUGAAUUGAAAGAGGUCUUCUUUGCUUUGAAGCAGGCAGGCUGGGAACUGCCAACCAUCUUUACGGUCAAGCUUUGUGAGAUCAAGAUCGCGGAAUACUUGAAAUUCAACAGGUAUGUUGAAGUCGCAGCUUGCUUCAAAAGAUCGGAUGAACUUGGGAAGUUGAUGCAUGACGUGGAUCUUGCUCUUGGAGAGCCGGGCUGUGUGGGAAGUCAAGUGCUCAGUCCAGCAGUUUGCAAACUGGUCUCAUUGCUGCCGCGGAGUUCGACGCGAGCAUUGCUGGACUCAGUGCAUUCAGCUAACCUUGCAAGUUUCUUUGGAGCAUUUGCUGGAUGCAAGGCAGACUUUUCAUUGGCUGACAGCACCAAAGACGACCUGCGCACACUGUGGUUGUGCCUUUCUUCGCUCAGCUCUCACGAGGACUCUGCAAGCCAAGUGCCUGUGCAAGAGGCAUUGGCUGCUAUUUUGCAGGUUGAAGAUGUCGGAGACAAGGCCGAUGAAUCAAGCUUGCUCUUCUACUUCAAGGUGUCAGAAGCUGGUGGCAAAUUGCUGUCUGUCUUGAAAUCCAACCUCAGAAAGGAGGCUAGGAAGACCUUUGAUCCGUUCUUGGUGCACAAGCUGAAGCUGGAGCUUGAGCGUGCUAGGGAGACCAUGGCCUCAACCACAACACAGUUGCAGGCUUUGCAAACGAAUGAGGAAUGUGAUUCCUGCAAUGAUUUGGCCGAAACGUGGAACUUGCUCUUUGGCAAGAUUCAAGGUGUUGCAAAUGAACCUAUGCUUUCUCAAGAUUCGAAGAAGAAAGUGAUGGUGAUGGAACUUGAAAAUGACUGGAAAAAGGGCACCACGCAGUUGCUGAAUAUGCACAUCACCUUUGAACUUCUUCCAUUCAUGGCCCUGCUUCUGAAGGACAACUCCGCAGGCAAACCACUUCGUUCAGCCCCCGCCUGGAAUGUGAGCUUGAUCAGGCAGCUUUUGGAUGAUGUGCAUUGUGCUUUCCUCACUCACGAUUUCCUCCACACACUCAGAUUGAAAGCUUUUGGAAGUGAUGCCGCUGGAAUCGCUGAUGCAGAAUGCUCUCAACUGCAGACGCAGUGGGCUGCUCUGGAGGGUGCCCUCGAGAAGUGCAUUUUGGAUGAGAACUCUCGGUCCAGAAAUGAGAUUCUGAAAGCCUUUGGGGGGGCAGUGCGUUCCAAGCUUGGGUGCACUGUGCUGAAGAAAGCCGAGGACUUGCAGUAUGGUGUGAGACUGCAAAUUUUGAGGCUCAUGGAAGAGACUGAGGAGACUGCAGAUGAGGAUUGGGCGGUUGACAAGUGCGAGCAGCUUCUUUGCACAACUACAGGGUUUCCAGAACACGAAGUCACCAAAGCUUCUGAGAUGACAGAGUUUGCCCAAACAUCCAUGAGCUUCAUUCGAUUGGCAGAUGCCACUAUGUCUGCCAAGCCAGUGUUGGAUAAUGUGAAGGAGAUCCCCAACAAGAAGAUUGCGCGAUCUAUUUGGCACGCUUCCUUCAACGAGCCGGAAAAGGUGAACAAGUCUGCCGCCAUCAUCACUGAUUUGCCACCCGACAGUGAGAGGUUCAAGCAUCUGGUCCACAUCGUUGAGAAGUUUGGCGAGUGGAUCGGUGAGUGGGAGCGGAAGGUUUUGUCCAUGCUGCAGGAUUUGGUGGUUCCUGCACAAAACGCUUUGCGCGAGAUUCACACCAAGCUUCCUGAGUAUGGCUCACUCACAGCAAAGGAAUUCUCCAAGGCAGUCAAGUCAGCAAAGGUUGGAGAAAAGGCCGCUGAAUUGAAAAGGAACGUAGAAACUUGUCAGGCUUGCGGGCAUCAUGCUGGAGUUGAAGUUUCCUUCUGCGCUGCUGCAAUGGCGACUGCCCACGAGGGCUUGGGUCUGGUUUCCGCUUGCUCGGUUGCCUUGCUUUUGGAGCACAAACUCUGGAAGGAGAUGACGCCGGAAGUUGCCAACAAGACGGGGACAAAGCACGCAGAGCUUUACCAGAAGCUUUGUGAGACGUGCAAGUUCAUCCAAUCGAGUAGUUUGGAGAUCCCUCCAACCUUGGAAAAUGAAGACAUGGACAAGGAAGAAGAAGAAUUCUGGGGCAACCUGUUUGCCGCAAGUGACCCUGUCCAAGAAGACUCAGAUGCAAAGCACUUGAAAGCAGCAGCAGCACACCCAGAACAGCAACCGCAAGUCGCGGCUCCGGCAGAGGAAACAACGCAUGAGCAUUACACAGCAGCUGGCACAGCAGAAACGGCAGAGCUUCCACAGCACUUAGAUGAAGCAGCGCAGUCAGAACAGAAUGCUUUGCGUGAUGGAACUUGGAAGGAAUCCAGCUCGGUCCGAACGUUUCAGGCUUGCCUGGAGGCUGUGGAGAGUUUGAGUUCCAAGUCACGGCUUGAUUUCUUCAUUUUGGAGAAUGUGGUGUCCAUGGGAGAUGAACUUGAUGAAGGCAGCAAUCUUGCUGUGGCAGUGCAGAUGCUACAGGAGUGCGCAAACGGUUCGUUCAUGAUCCAGCCCUUCCGCAUCGAUAGCCACAUGUACUCGUUGCCUCAGACGAGGAAGCGUGUGUACAUAGUCGGCUUGGAAAGGAGCAACCGUGCCUUUCUGGAUGCUGAGUCAAGCAUGGAGGCCAUUGCCACUUGCUUGACGAUGACCACGUUUAAGUUGCCAAAGUUGCCCGCCAGCCACUUCUUCGAGGACAACAACAGUGAGCUUGUGAAAGCUGAGCUUGCCCGGCGUGUGGAAUACACGAAGGGCAGAGAGAGAGACCGAGACCCGACUGAUACAAAGGCCAAAUGGAUAUCCGAGCACAAAGAAGCGGCUGCUGAGCGUGGUGUGGUGUGGCCUUUCUCGAUCACGGACAAGUUCGUCAAGAACGCAUGGUUUCACACGCUCACACAGCGAGAGCAGGAGUUGCUUUUGCUCUACGAUGAUUUCUUCGAGUUCCUGAAGCUGCAAUUUUUGGGGCAGCGGGAUUGGGGUUUGGGGUUCGCCGGAGGAAAUGGAUUUGCGACUUGUGCCUUUGUGGCAGUGCUUUGCGCCGUCAUGGGCCAGGCAGUGGAUGAUAUUCGGACUGUUUGUUAUGCGAUGGCCGUCACAAGGCAUCCACAGUUGGAUAAGCUCGAUCUGGAGUAUCCGUGGCAAGUCUCUGAACUUGCCAUUCUCUGGAACCAGCCUGCAGCUUAG